UGUACAUUCCACAGGCCAGAUGAUAAAAGAACACGCUCCGACUUCUCAGACCUAGGCUUGCGCCAUCCCGGGUCAUUUUGUUGACCCUGAUUUGCGGACCGGAUGCCUAGGAUCGGGCGCCAUGCGAGGACGAUCCUUGAAGCAACAACAAUAACACCAACCUCCUGCCGUGUCUUGCUACAUCGUUCAUCGCGGCGGGGGAAUCUCAACCUCCCAAUCCGAGCUUACCAAACCAAUACACCACAUCCACUUCGACAGUUCUCGAGCACGAAUGCCCGCUAUGAUCCAGAAACCAAAACUAAGCGCGUUGUCGACACCCAUGGCACCGUCAAUUCCGAUCCGGACACCCUUGAUCGCAGACGCCACCUUCACACCGGCACACCUCCUCCACAAGGUAAUCUCAGCAUCGUUUUCACCGACAUCGUCAAAUCCACCUCGAUAUGGGAAAAGGAUGCCCCCGCCAUGGUCCGCGCCAUGCACUUGCACGACAACAUGAUCCGGACCCUCACCGAGGAGAAUUCGGGCUACGAAGUCAAGCAAAACGGUGACGGCUUCAUGAUUGCCUUUCCAACCGCGAGCUCGGCCGUCCGGUUUUGUCUGGACGUCCAAGAGCAACUUCUGGACGAGCACUGGCCGGCCGGUAUUUUGAAGCUCCCUUCCGGCCAAGAAACUACUGAUUCCGACGGCCACGUAUUGUUCCGUGGCCUGAAGCUGCGCAUGUCCGCGCACUGGGGCGCGCCCGUGUGCAACUGGAACGACGUGAUCCAGCGCAUGGACUACCUUGGGCCGAUGGUCAACCGGGCCGCGCGCUUCAUCGAGGCAACCGAGGCUGGCCAGAUCGUUGUAUCAGAGGAAUUCCUGCGCCAACUCCAGGCUGAGCUGGAGAUGGCGAAAGGCGAGACAUCCGAGAUGGGCACCACGGACGCCUGCAGCGCGCGGGAUCCCGCCAAGAACGAAGCGGAGGCUUUGGACUUGAGUAUGCUGAGGUCGAAAAAGGACCAGAAGAGGAUCACGCAUCAGACUUUCGCCGUCCGCCUGCUAGGGAACCACAAGUUCAAGGGGCUGGAUGAGCCUCAAAAAUUGUAUUUCCUGGUGCCCUGGUCGCUUGAGGGGCGGGUCAAUCAUUGGCAUCAGGUCACGCAUGUUGCCGGAGUAAAAGGAAACGUAAGAACGCAGGACAGUUGACAUCGAUAGAGGAGGCAUAAGCAGUGGGAAUCGUGAGUCUGGCGGCCAUGGGAGUGACAGAACAACGGCAUGCAGCGUACGGUGUGAACAGGUUUAAAGAAAGGGAGGGAUUCGUGCAUAAAAUGUUAGCGUACGGAAGGCGCAUGUCUGUCAAUUGUAAGGGAAGGGUUAGAGCAAAGGCAACAGUCAG